AGAAGUUCUCAGUUUUUCAUAUAUAUAGACUAUAGUUUCUCUUCUCUGCCACCUUUCUCUCUCUCUCUCUCAAUCUUUCAUUUCAGUUCUCAGAACCAUCACAUCACAAAUUUUCACAAUGUAUAAACCCUAGGAGCCAUAUCUUUUUCUUUCUGAGCUUAUUUUCUCGAGAAACAAACGCCGAAACUCCCGUGUUUUUUUCACGUCUCAAAGACGUGGAAAGAAAGAAAAGAAAACAAAGAAUCUGAGGAUCGUUGAUCGUACAAACUUCGGUUUCAAGUUUUCUGUAAAAACAGAAUGGGUGCAGGGAGGAAGACACAGACACACUCAUUGAAGGAGAAUUCUCAAUCUCUGAUUUCGAAAAAUUCUAGUACAACCGCAAGGAAUCUAAGGAAGAGCGAACUACGCGGUGUUAUCUUUGGUUGUAAGCAUCACACGAUCAAAGAAUGUUUGUCCAAACAAUUGUUUGGAUUACCAGCUCUACAUUUCUCUUAUAUAAGGAAUAUUAGUGUUGGUUUGCCACUUUUCUUAUUCAAUUACAGUGACAGAAGGCUUCAUGGUAUCUUUGAGGCUGCAAGUCCAGGACAAAUGAAUAUUAAUCCAUAUGCUUGGACUGAUGGUUCAGAGUCUACCCCAUUUCCUGCACAGGUCAAGAUUCGAAUCCGUAAGCAGUGCCAGCCAUUGCUGGAAGAUCAGUUCAAACCUAUAAUUGCCGAAAAUUACUAUGAACAAAGACUGUUUUGGUUUGAACUUGACCAGGAGCAAACAGACAAGUUGAUUUCCUUGUUUUCAGCUUCAUCAGUCAUUGUGAGUACUUCCCUCCCAAGCAACACACAGAAGUGGAGCAGCCCAUUCAAAUCUGUCCAAGAAAGUGGCAACAUUGGAACACCUUCAUUAGAAUGCAAUGCUCAUCCAGGCCAGGCCAGAGUAGAAUGGGAAUCUUGGGAUGCUCCUGGUCUGUGCAGAGUCCCAGCUCUCAUUGGUGAGGGGGUAGCUGAAAGGGAAAAAAGGGAUUGUGGACCAUCAUAUCCAUCACCGAAAAAGUGGAGUGAUUUGUUUAGAGCUUCAAACACUCAUGCCACUCAUAAAUUAGAAUGCGAUGCUCGUCCAGACCAGGCUAGUGAAGAAUCGGAGUCCUGGGAUGCUCCUUGUCUGUGGGCAGUAGAAAAUCUCAUUGGUAAGGAUGAGGAAACAACGGAUGAGGUUGCAUCAGAAAUAGAUUACAACGAACAAUUACACUUCAACCCAAGUGUUGAUUGCUCCUCAAAUUUGGCCAUGAUGAAGGAGAUGUCAUCAGAGCAUAAGUAUGCCGAAGACACUGGAAUGCAUUACAACGAACAUUUACACUUAAAACCAAGUGUUGAUUGCUCCUCAAAUUUGGCCAUGACAAAGGAGAAGUCAUCAGAGCAUAAGCAUGCCGAAGACACUGGGCUACAUGGGAUACUUACAUUCCAGAAGCAUAAGAUGUCAUCGGAUGAUACUUACAUUCCAGAAGCAUCAAGGACUUUAGAAACAAAGUCUUCUGAAUUUCAGUCUAUUGUAGCCAAGUUGCUACAAGAAGUCAGUGAGCUGAAGUUAUUUCAGUUAAAACAAAGUGAAAAAAUCAAUUCCUUGGAGCUGUACCUGGGUGAAUUAAAAGAUCGAUGCGGACUUGUUACUGUAGAGGAAUUUAAGUCAUGUGAUGAACCUCCUUCAGAACUUGAUGAGAAAGUACUUAUUGUGGGAGGUUAUGAUGGCUCUAUGUGGUUAUCAGCUGUGGAUUCUUAUUCUCCUUCUUAUGAUCUGAUGGAAUCCCUUAGUCCAAUGAAUUUUGCACGAUCAAGCGCUGCAGCAGCAAAGCUAAAUGGUGAAGUCUACUUGCUCGGUGGUGUAUUUGGUGAAUGUUGGAAUGAUACAGUUGAAUCAUACAACCCAAUAAGCAAUCAGUGGGUCAGUCGUCCUCCAUUGAAUCAAAAGAAGGGGGGCUUAGCAGGAGUUUCUUUGAAUGAGAAGAUUUUUGCAAUUGGUGGUGGAAUUGGCGUUGAAUUUUUCUCUGAGGUGCAUGUUUUUUAUCCAGACGAAGGAAGGUGGAUUCCCACUCAGUCAAUGCUAAAAAAGAGAUAUUUGACUGCUGCGGCAGAAAUCAAUGGUGCGAUCUAUGUUGCUGGAGGAUAUGAUGGAAAGGAUUACUUGAACUCAGUGGAAAGAUUUGAUCCUCGGGAGCAAUCUUGGACUAGACUUAAGAAUAUGUCCGAAAGGAGAGGAAGUCAUUCAUUGUCUAUGCUGAAUGAGAAACUAUAUGCUAUUGGUGGCUAUGAUGGAGCUAAUGAACUUUCAUCUGUUGAGGUCUUAGACCCUCGUGUUGGUUUUUGGAUGAAGGGGGAGCCCAUGAAAGAAACCAGGAAGUAUGCCGGUGCUGUUGUAAUUGGAGAUUCGAUUUAUGUCAUGGGGGGAGUGAAUGAAGAGUUGAAAAUAUUGCACACGGUGGAGUGUUACAAGGAGGGUAAUGGGUGGCAGUUGACAAAACUUAGAGGCGUUGGGAAAAGGUGCUCCUUCUCUGCCGUUCUGUUAUGAGGUUAUGGACUGAAGAGUUUCUUUUUCUAGCAAAUUUAAUGUGUGUCAAUGGUGUUCAUAGUUCACACUUUAGAGUAGUGGUCUAUAAGUAUUUCUUACCCAAAAAAAAGUCUCGUUCGAUUUCGUGUUCUUAGAUCCAAUUUUACCAGGAAGAAGAGGAAGGAGGCCAGAAAUAUUAAUGAUGGGCCUUUUAUUUCGGCCAAAAAUUUGGUGAGUUUCUUUCGGUCGAAGCAGUGUUACGUGGGCAACUAUCUUCAGAUUUAGGAUCUAGUCAGGUAUUAGAUUUUGAGUGUAGGUGUUGGGCUUAAGAUAAGCUUUUUCUUGGAUUUGAUUGCACCUUUAUAUCUGAUGUGGACUGUUUUUAUCAGAUUGUGCAUCCGGCCCAAUCCCAUGCUAGCGCUAUUCCGCA